AUGCCUCAAAAAGUGGGAGAAGGAUUAGCAUAUAAGGAUGUCAACAUCAGCCCCGAGUUCAAAACAUCUGGAUAUAAAAUGGAGAAGACUGAUAGCGGCAUUUCUCUGACAAUUUCACAUAUAAAAAAAGAACAUGGAGGACUUUACUACUGUGGACAAUUUAACUGGCAAAAUGUAGUUGUUAAUCUAUCCAGAGGAACUUUCUUGGAGGUAACAGAUGAGAGAGAUAUAAACGUCUCAGUGUUCCAGAGCGGCGUGUCGGACUCGGUUCCUGCAGGAGCGUCAGUGACUCUGCAGUGCUCGGUUCUCUCUGAGAGCAGAUCAGCAGAACUCCAAGUGCUCUGGUUCAGAGCUGCUCCACCACAAUCCCAUCCUCAAAUCAUUUACACUCAUCACAACAGCAGCCAUCAGUGUGAGAGCGGCUCUUCUACACACACCUGUGUGUACAGCUUCUCCAAGAACAUCCUCAGCCUCAGUGAUACUGGAACUUACUACUGCGCUGUGGCCGUGUGUGGGAAGAUCAUUUUUGGGAACGGGACACGAGUACAACUGAAAUCUGUGGAUCCUGCGGUGAUCUUCCUCGCUGUAGCUUUGGUUGUGUGCGUGGUUGUGAUCUCUAUUCAAGCUCUGUUAUUCUGUAAGUGGAGAACCCAUGAACAACACACAAACAAACAAAACACUGAGAGAAGACCUAAGAAAACAAGCACUCAGGACCGUGACUCUGUGGAGCUGAAUUAUGCUGCCUUACAUUUUAAAGAAAAGAAAACCAAAAAAAGGAUAGAAAAGAGAAAACAACCCCAAGACACUGUUUACUCUGAAGUCAGAUCUCUCGCCACUACCUAGAUUAUUAUGUCUUCAUUAUUAUUAUUAUUUUUUUUUUGUUUUAUAAUUUUUUUAUUUUUUUUUUUUAAGUCUGUUCAGGAAUAAAGUUUAAACUGGUGGUUUGCUCAUCUCAAUUUGAUUUGACUGACAUAAAAAAUGUAUUGUGAUCAGAUAUUAAUUGUAAUGUUUCAUUGUUUUUAUCAAUUCGAAAAAGCCUGGUAAAAUGAAAAAAAAAAAUCAUGUGAUCUGUCAUGUUUCAGCAUGUGACAAAAAAGACAAAUCGGUAUGUGUGUAAUGCAAUGUCACUAUGUGUAUCUGUUUAUGUUUAGUGCUCUAAAUGUAUUCAUCUUUAUUCAGAUUUAAACCCAAAGUGGGAGUGACUAAAAACUGUUCAUUUUUGUCUUUUUAAAUGACAUAUAAGUUAAAUGUGAACCGUUCCACUUUGCCCUUGGACACACUGGAAAACGUGUCAAAACAAAACAAAACAAAACAAAAAAACAACAACAAUAACAACCCCAAAACAAAACACAAAUAAAUCAAAUUUAAACCAAUUCAGUCCUUACCACAAUAAAUAAAAGAGUGCGGCAAAUGCAUCACAUAAUGCCACAUUUUCACAUUUAUUUGUCUCGUGAGCAUUCUGUAUUUGACUCUUGAGGAAAAACAACAGCAGUGUGGAACCUCCAACUUUGCUUGUUGUGCUGAACCACCUCUGACAUUUAAAAAAAGUGGCAUAGAGAUUUCAGGGACCAGAUCCGAAAAGAAAUAAAAAGCCAGGCACAGGUCAAAAACCAUAAAACAUUGACAGGUAACCAAAAAAAUAUAAUGGAUAAUCAAAAUGGGAGAAAAAAAAAACAAAAAAAAAAACAAUGUAAGAUCAAAUACAGAGAACAAUGGAGGAAACAGCAGCUCAGAACUUACAUGAUUGAGAACAAACAGUAAGGCUUUGUGGUAUAUGUGAGUAUCUACCUGCUUUAAAUAUCUAACUGACAGGAAAUGAGCAAUACAAGAAGAGUCCUAGAAUUAAAGUGAGAGUAUCCUGAGAUGGUAUGGUGGUGAAAUGUCCCUGGCAGAUGAGACGUACCCUUGGGUCUUGACCUUUUGGGCCAGAUUAUACACAUACAUUUGAUUGAACUAUUGUCUGGAGUUGAUUAGCAUGUGGACACUGUAGGGUGAUUCUCCCUUGAUCUCCAGUGGUGGUGAUAGCUCAGUUCCACUCAACUGGUUUUGAGAAGGUAGAGGCUUUAGAAGAGAGACAUGAAAAGAAGGGGCAAGCUGAGUGGUAGAUUUCACUUAUAGGACACUUUUAAUGGACCAAUGAAUCAGACCUGCUUUCCACAUUUGGUCAUGCUGCUUAA